UUGAAUGGGUCAAAAACUGAAACUGGCAGAUCGAUUAAUCAAUAGUAUUCGGUUUCGAUUUGAAAAAAUAAAAAAACGGAUACCACUAAUUUGAUUUACAAAAAAGGGUCAUGCUUCGGUUAACCAAACCGUGAACAUCCCUAACCAAAAUGUGAGGUGAUGACCCAAAUAUGAAAUCAUUCAUUGAUGAUCCAAUUGAGCUAUCACAAAUUCACAACCAUUCAAAUUGAGGAUAUCAUGGUUAUACACUCAUACCCAUUUCCGAGCCGUUGAAAUUUGAAAAGAAUACAUCGUAGAUCAGAAGGUUAGGGUUAUUUAAGAUGGUUGGACCAAAUUAGUAGAGGAAAGCCGAAUAAGAGAGAAGAACUGACUCACUGAGUGGAGGGGAGGGGAAGGAAAAUGAAGCAAUCAACGAAGGUGAAUUCGAUGAAAUCGGCAAUCGUGGUGUUCGGAGCCUUGGCUUUCGGAUAUCUAACCAUGGAGCUCGCUUUCAAGCCUUUUCUGGACAAAGCCCAGGAGGCGACGGACAAGGCCGACCCUACCCGGGAUCCCGACGACAACGAUGCCACCGGAGCUUCCAAAUCUUCUUCGUCUAGUGCAGACGCUUCGGAAGCCGCAGUCCUCGAGUAGAGACUUCUAUGUUCUCUUACUUUCUCUUCCGUUGAUGAGUCUUUUUUAUAGGGUUUUCUUUGCCUGGUCCAGUCGGCUUCUUUUGG